AUGACGCGCGCUCAGCAGACAAUUUCCCUAGGGCUCCUCGUCUCCUCCCUCCGAGCCACAUGGCUUUCAAACCCCGCUGACGUCUGCAACUUGAAGCUUCCAUUCUGGGCCCUCGUAUCCUUCGGCGCGCUGCUUCUUUUCCGUCUCGGCUGGGGCAUCAUGACGUUCAACGAUGUUCCUGAGGCGCACCAGGAACUCAUGAAGGAAAUUGACCUGGCCAAGAGUGACCUCAGGAAGAUGGGCGUCGACGUCGACUAA